GGCUCCCAUUUGCUGAACGUAAUGGUACGCACCCCACUUCGCCUUCAUUCUCGCCUGCACAACAUCCUGCUCUUUCUCGAAGUUCUCCAUCCGAACUGACAACAGUUGCUUUUCAGCACUCACCUGUAUCUCCAAUUCGUGCAGCGUCCGAAUAGAGAUCCUUGUGGACCCAAUUCUUUCUAUCUCUUCUCGCUACGUACAGGCUCUCCACGCAUGCCAAUAAGCUAUCACAAAUUGAUGCUGUGGCUGCAUCCGACUGCGCAUGGAUGAACGAUGAAAAGGACAGGUUGGUAUGAAUUUGUGACAUGUUAUAGGUGCCCGCAGGAUGAGAUGGCAUGGCCAGGGAAAGGAAGGUACCUUUUAGGAACGUGCAAUUGCCGCCGAGUAGAACAUUUCCUUCCAUACUGUUGGGUUGGGAUUCUCUGCGCACGAUUUAUAAUUAACAGGGUCCCUCAAAGCUGGCGCCGACGCCGCCGACGAUACCCAUGCCUGCAGCGCGACUACCAUAAAUUAGCUGUAGGCGUCGGUGUCAGGGCCAACUUUGAGCGGCCCCGAUGCUUUGUCGAAAAACAAUGCUCUUUGCUUGCGGACAUGCACGGAGUCCGUGGAAGGCGUGACGAUACAAUGAUUCUACGUACCGCGUGCCCCUUCAAGCUUCAAGCUUCAAUCCCCGAGUUUCACGGUUCAUCGGAUGAGAACUACCGCCAUUGUGUUGGUUCCUAUGACAACCAAAAUUCCUACAAAACGUCCAUUUACACCCCGCAAGUGAGCUCCCUUCAUUCAGCGGUGUCAUCGACGGUACUCCGCCUCCACUUCCCGGAGAUGCCUCUGCGAUGCAAGUCGACGGAAGUGCACCACUAUCAUCACCCGAGUUGUCAGAUACGUCCUUCAUCAUCGCUCUUUUUGGCUGGCAGCCCGCGCCUUCUGCACCUCCCCACGACCGCAGACCAAAAUCAUCCCUAUCGGCGUCCCGUUCAGGAUCUCUUGUACCCGAUACCAGCGCUUUCGCGUGCAACCGAGGACACAACAAUUGUUGAAACACACAUGGGUGUCUUCGCCCAGUGCAGUCGCAUUAUCCAUGGACAUCAUCCUGUUACCCGCGAGCAUAUUUGCUAAGGUGGGAGAGAACCUGGAUAUGGCGAUGGCCAGAGCCAGUACUGUCUUUGACCUUCACCACCUGCAGCCACAAUACGCUUCCUCUGGGAACGGCGGCGGCGGCGGCGGGCCAGCUCUUCCUGUCUUCGAUUGUACCCCGUAACUUGGGAUCUAAAAUAUUUCGUUGACAGGGAUAGUGCGAUGUGCGCUGCACUCACAAGCGAAACGGACUCUUGAUAUAC